AAUGAAUGUGUUAAAAGCCUCACUCACUCUUUCUUCCAUCCAACAAAAUCAAGAAACCAUUUCUUUUCCUCUCUCUUCAUCCUCACUCACUCUUUCUGCCCUCUCAGCGACUGCUGCAAGGAUAUGGACUUGUUAUGCGGAGAGGAUUCCUCCGACGUAUUUUCCGACGAAUCAACGGCUUAUUUAUCGUCGGAGGAGGCUGAUUCUUGGCCGGAGGAGUCAAUAGCAAGCUGUAUAGAGGACGAGAGACACUUUGUUCCAGGACUUGACUAUCUCUCUAGGUUCCACUCUCAAUCUCUCGACGCUUCCGCUCGUGAAGACUCUGUCUCAUGGAUACUCAAGGUGCAAGCGUAUUACAAGUUUCAGCCUUUAACGGCGUACCUCGCCGUUAACUAUAUGGAUCGGUUUCUCUACGCUCGCCGAUUACCGGAGACAAGUGGUUGGCCAAUGCAGCUUUUAGCAGUGGCAUGCUUGUCUUUAGCUGCCAAGAUGGAGGAAGUUCUUGUUCCUUGUCUUUUCGAUUUCCAGGCUGAAGGAGUGAAGUAUAUAUUUGAAGCAAAGACGAUACAAAGAAUGGAACUUCUUGUUCUGAGUGUAUUAGAUUGGAGACUAAGAUCCGUUACACCCUUCAGUUUCCUCAGCUUCUUUGCUUACAAGAUUGAUCCUUUAGGAACCUUUCUCAGGUUCUUUCUCUCGCAUGCAACUAAGAUUAUACUCUCCAACAUUAAAGAAGCGAGCUUCCUUGAGUACAGACCAUCGAGCAUAGCUGCAGCUGCGAUUCUAUGUGUAGCCAACGAGCUACCUUCUUUAUCCUCUGCUGCAAAUCCCCACGAGAGCCCUGAGACUUGGUGUGAUGGAUUAAGCAAAGAGAAGAUUGUGAGAUGCUACAGGCUAAUGAAAGCCAUGGCGAUAGAGAAUAACAGGAGAAAUUCACCAAAAGUGAUAGCAAAGCUUAGAGUGAGCGUAAGAGCAGUGUCCACAUUAAUGUGGCCAAGUGAAGAACCCUGUUCUUUCUCAUCAUCAUCUUCAUCAUCAUCCUUAUCUUCUCCAUGUAAAAGAAGGAAACUAAGUGAUUACUCGUGGGUAGGUGAUGACAACUCCAGCUCAGAAUAAACAGAGGUGGGGGGAGUGAAGUAUAACAUGAAGUACAUACUUAAUGAUAAUAAGUGAAAGAUUCUAAGAAAAAGGUUAUUAAAUUAAAAGCAUGAUUAGUGGGUAAGAUUUGCAUUAGUUGGGAGGGACAAUGGUCAUCAUUAAUGACUUUGCAGAUUCCCAAGGGGAAAGAAAGUGAGUGAGUGUAACAAACACGUGUGAGAAGUUAAGAUCAUGAGUGUUCGUGCGUGGGAGAGAGAAAGGCAUGAAUGCAUUACAGUCAGAGUUGUGGAAGAUCUUUGAGUGAAGGUUUGAAUUUCGGACAGAGAGAUAGAGACAGAGGCCUUGGCCUUAAUGGAUCGCAGAAGUCGUGGACCCCAAGCUUCUUUGGGUAGUUGCGAGUAGAUAUAUGUUUUUCUCUUUGGGAGUGAAUCAUAAUAUUUUUGAUUCUUUGUGUGCGACUGCACGUGCCGGAGGCGUGUAUCGCACGUGUUUGUUUUUUUUUCUCUUCAAAUAUUUUAUUUUUGACGGGAAGUUUUGUGUUUUGA